CUUCGAUGAUGGCCUCACAAAUAAAACUUCGACUUGGGCAAGGGUCUCGCUAGGGAGGCCAUUGUCUGUAGCGUUAUUCUUGAUGGCCUCAGCCAAACUAGAAGCCAUCAAGUAUUCAACACUUCAGAUCCAAUUCCUAGUGAUUUAUAGCGAGCUAUCCCCCUCUCUACCAGACUUUGACUCUCACGUCCUCAAAAACAAGCUGGCCUUGCAACCUCCGGCCGCCAAGUCAGACGCAUUCAUUUCACUCAAGGUGAAAAACAAAAUAAGCGCUUCUCACCCCAAUCAUCCCUUGCUAGUUUUCUCGCCAUAAUUCUUGGCCGGCGUUCAGGUUUCUGGCACGCACUGGAGGGGUUGGAAGGGUCCUCCUAUCUUUUGAAC